AUGGCCCGCGAAAAGCGCACUCGACCAACAUUCACCUCCAUCCUUGGGCAGAAAGAGAUAUCUCCGCCACCAGCUACGAGGAGGAAGAUCACGUCCACGACCACAAGUGAGGCCGUCACCAACUUCUUCACACCUCGUUCACAGAAACCUGUCUCUUCAACAAUCCAGCGCAUCUCAUGGCGUGUCGUUGAUAAUAGUUGCCUGGUUGCGACAUACUCGAAGGGACCUUCAAAGCAACCGGACGCAAAGACUACCACUCCGGCCAGACUGCAGCGCAUUGCAGCUUUCGACCUUGAAAACUACAUAUCUAGGUAUCAAAUCGUCAUGGUAACGAAUCAAAAAAAGGUUGCCUUGAAGAAGGCCGGCAAGAAUACCCUUGGUGAGCCCAAAAGUUUGUCUAUCUUCAAAGCGAAGGUUACAUCGGUGAUGAAUGCGCUGGGUGUGCCGCUGAGCGUAUAUGCUGCAACGGAGUAUGACAAUUUUCGAAAACCCCAAACAGGCAUGUGGAAGAUGUUCCUGGAUGAUUAUGAUUUGGACUUUGAAGAUGCACUCGACUUGGAAGGCUCCAUAUUUGUUGGUGAUGCAGCAGGACGCAGUGGUGACCAUUCCUGCGUCGACCGCAAUUUCGCGUCGAACAUCGGCUUGCAAUUUAAAACACCAGAGGAGUUCUUUCGGGGAGAGCCUCCUCAACCAGUUGAAGUCUUUGAUCCGAAAACCUAUAUCCGAGAUAACACAACGACGUCCCUCCCAUUUGUCAAAUCCGAUGGCCAGGAGCUCGUAAUAUUCUGCGCGAGUCCGGGUGCGGGAGAAUCAACAUUCUAUUGGAGAUAUCUUCAACCGUUGGAAUACGAGCGAGUGAACCAAGAUGUCCUCAAAACUCGUUCCAAAUGUUUGAAAGUUGCCGACGAGUAUUUAAAAGGCGGAAAAUCCGUUGCCGUCGACAACACCAAUGCAGACCCUGAAACACGGGCCCAUUGGAUAGAAUUGGCUAAAAAGUACAACGUGCCGAUUCGCUGCAUAAGGUUGUCAACUCCGCAAAGUAUAUGCAAACAUAACAAUGCGGUUCGCGCUGCGAACCCAAAAAUUGAGUCUCUAAACCCCGAAAACCGCACUCUUCUUCCCGGCAUUGCGUUUGGAGAUUUCACUCGGCGGUUCCAAGAACCGCAAAUCUCCGAAGGCUUCAAAGAUAUUAUCCAUGUGGAUUUCCAAUUCGAAGGGGAUCCCACCGCUAGAGAGAUAUGGGCGCGGCAUUGGAUAUAG